UUCCAGCUUUCACAGCGUCGGUGUUUCUGCGGGUGCUUAACGCGGUGGUUAGGAGCCGGAUAGAAACCUGCAAAGAUGGCCUCGGCAACAGCGACCUACGGGCAGAAGGAGGCCUCCGACCAGAAUUUCGACUAUAUGUUCAAGAUCCUAAUCAUCGGGAACAGCAGCGUGGGGAAAACCUCCUUCUUGUUCCGCUACGCCGACGACUCUUUCACGCCGGCUUUCGUCAGCACGGUGGGGAUCGACUUCAAGGUGAAGACCAUCUACAGGAAUGACAAGAGGAUCAAACUUCAGAUCUGGGACACAGCAGGUCAGGAGCGUUACCGCACCAUCACCACAGCGUACUACCGAGGAGCCAUGGGCUUCAUCCUCAUGUAUGACAUCACAAAUGAGGAGUCCUUCAACGCCGUCCAGGACUGGUCGACUCAAAUUAAAACAUAUUCGUGGGACAAUGCCCAGGUGCUGCUCGUAGGAAACAAGUGUGACAUGGAGGACGAGCGGGUGGUGGGCGCAGACAGGGGCCGGCAGCUGUCCGAACAUCUUGGUUUUGAGUUCUUCGAGGCCAGCGCCAAGGACAACAUCAACGUGAAGCAGACCUUCGAGCGCCUCGUUGACAUCAUCUGUGAAAAGAUGUCCGAGAGCCUGGAUGCUGGCGACCCUGCAGUCACGGGGGCCAAACAGGGGCCCCAGCUGACAGAGCAGCCCGCCCCUCCUCACCAGGACUGUGCAUGUUAAAGCUGACUCUCUUCUUUAACCCUUUUCCCUGCUGUCCUUUUUUUCCCCCUUUUCUUCAGCUGGACUCCCAGGUCCUCGGAUUCUUAUUCAUCACCUUUUCCCCACUUGCUCCUUUUUGCUCUUUCAUCAGUUGACCGUGGUUUCCCUGAUCCUCAGUGUAGUUUUAGAAGAAGGAUUUGACGGCGUGCAUCCUCAGAGUGCCAUUUAAAUCCUUCCAAAGUUUACAAUUCUUUGUUUCAUGUCAGUUAAUGUCCUGAAAAGAUAUAUCUAUAUAUAAAAAUUUUGGUGACCAAGAAGGCUGAAAUAUGCUCCGAAAUCAGCUGUCAUUUCCUUCAAAUAUUUCCUCGAUUUAAACUCGAAACCUCCAUUAAUUAACAAGCAUUUCCUUUUAAUAGCUCAUCAGAGCAUUUUUAGUCUGCCUUUCUAUAUUUUUAAACAUUUCUUCAGCAAAUUUUUAUUUUGUAUUCUUCACUUUUCUUCUUUUCUAAAGCAGUGAGGGAGUAAAGAAAAUAAACAAGCUAUAGCAAGGAGACAAAGAGCAAAAAUAAAAAAAAACCUAAAAAUAAAAUAGAGACAUUUUAUUUAAUUAUAUUUAUUUCAAAUGUACAU